GUGAACAAGAAAUAGAAAGAGACAGAGAAGAAGAGAUAGAGAGGACAAGAGAGCUGAUUGGAUCCCUUAUUGGACUGCCGCCCACCACCCUAUCCAGCGAGGACCCCACAGUGCUGCCUGAUGAGGAGACAGAGUUGCUGCCCAUGGAGAUGUCUGCAGUGCUGGCAGAGGAGAGGACCCCAGUGUCUGUUCCUCUGCCCCCUUCCACACCCGGUGAACCAGAGGAGAGAAGGAUGGAUGGAGAGAGGGAGAGAUGGAGAGAUAGCCCCACCCUACAGGAUGUUACUCCCCCAAUGAAGCGACCUCGCAGGAGGCAGCUGCUCUUCAUCGACCAGGAAACACAGAUUACCCAGGAGGCACUGCAGCAACAGAUAGACAACACGCUCAUACAGACCAGGCCCCUGGUUGUAAUCAGUGGUCUCUCUAAGAGAACAGUGUCUCCAGCUGAUCUCCUUGGUAACCCAUGCACCACCCUCCCUCCGGAGCUGCUGUUGCCAUGGAAACAGGUGGCGGUCGUCACAGCGCUCACUGGCUCCGCCCUGCUGGUAGGGAGGACAGAGACAGACUCGGAGUCAGAGAGAGAGAGGGAUAGAGAGAGAGUGAUGGAGGCAGCGGAGGAGGGAGACAGAGAGCAGGAGGAAGAGCUCAGCUCUAAAGAGGUACCUAGAGAGUUGGCAGAGUCAGGCCUGUCCCAGCCUGAUGUUUCCACUCGGUCGCCGCUGUCCCUGGAGGGCUCUGAUAGAGACAUGUCCCGGGAGAACUCCCCUCUGGACACACCCGAGAGCAGAGGGUCUCCUGUCCCCAGGUCUGUGUCCAAACUGAUGGACAUUCCAGAGGAGGGCGAGGGACCGCUGGAGAGAGAGCCAGAGCACAUACCCCUGGCUGACCUAUCAGCAGAGCUACUGGACACAGUGACAGAGCCUCUUGAGGAUCAUGAAGUGGUGCUGUUCCACUCUCUGCUGCCCCCACUGGCCCAACGCAGUAGUGUCACUCACUCAUUCUGGACCCUACUGGAGAUGGUAACUGCCAGGAGACUAUGUGUGCAGCAGGAUGAACCUUAUGGUGACAUCAUCAUUUCACCUGGACCCAACUACGAGGAGGGGAAUGAGAGUGUGUAACACACACACACACACACACACACACACACAACUGGAGAUACUGUUUCUUCAAAGAUGACUUUCAAAUAGAUCUCACACAGAUAGUUUGAUUGUGGUAACAAAAAGAGACGACAGUUGACCUGUUCCUCUUUGCUUAUCGUAAUUUAGGAGUUGCGUUUUUGUUGGUCAUUUAUCAGAACCUCUUAUCCAAAGCAGCUUACAGUAGUGAGUACACACAUUUGUCUUACUGGUCCCCAGUGGGAAUCGAACCCACAAUCCUGGCAUUGCAAGCGCCAUGCUCUACCAACUAAGCCACACAGGACAUUUUGUAAAGUUUUUAAAGUUUUAAAGCAGGUUUUGCUUUGUCUUAUUAUAUUAUGUGACUAAAGACUGAAGACUGAAUUUAAUAUUCAAUAUCACAUUUAAAAAAAGCAUUUUAAAUGACUUUUCCGCCAUUUCUAUUUACAUAGUAUUUUUACCUAAUCUUUGCCUGUGCUGACAUGUAAAGGGCUUAGUGUG